ACUUUCUCUUAUCUACUUCGCAACUAAAACUCAAAACAAUCAAAGAAAAACCCUAAAAGAAAAUCUCUAUAUCGAAGAUGGGAGUUUUGAAGAGAAGAGUAUCGAGCAGCAGAGGACUUGGUGGUGUUCUUAGAGAGCAAAGAGCUAAGCUUUACAUCAUCAAACGAUGUGUUGUUAUGCUCCUAUGUUGGCAAGAUUGAUCUUGGUUGAUUCAAGUGUUGAUACUUUGAUGCUUAACCGGAUCAAAGCGAUGAUUGCAACUUGCAAGAAGAUACGAAGGAGGAAACCGGCUUGGGUUUUGCUUGCAAGAGGAUAUGAAAGAGGAAACUGGUUUGAGUUUUGCAAGAAGAUAGACAAUCGUAGGAGGAUGGAAGUUGAACACUUUCGAUAUGGAUAUAUGUUUAGUUUUUGGAGGAUAUAUAUGUAAAUAUACGAAUAAAAGUUUGGGAUGAAUUUUGUAAUGGCUUUUGCCUUAUAAGUUCCAUAGAAUUCUCUGUGUAAAUUCAACUAUAUAUCUCACACAUAAUCUAACCAAGAUCAGUUCUUGUGAUUAGUAUUGGCUUUAUUUGA